AACCACAUGAUCUACAGAAAGAAACAGCAGUGAUCUGCACUCACUCACGGCACAAGUGCAAAGAUGAAGCCGACUGUGAUAGCGGUGUUGUGUCUGUCCCUUCUUUUGAACAUUAAUUUUUCGCUGGCCAAGAAAAGAAUAGGACUCUUUAAGAAGACCCCGAAAAUAAAAACAAAUCUGGACACCAAGUCUAAGAGUACGCAACAGUUCAACCAAGGAGGCCACCCUCAGCAACCAGGCAGUGCUGGGGGUUACUCUAACCCAGGAGGCUACCCUCAGCAACCAGGCAGUGCUGGGGGUUACUCUAACCCAGGAGGCUACCCUCAGCAACCAGGCAGUGCUGGGGGUUACUCUAACCAAGGAGGUUACCCCCAGCAACCAGGCAGAGCUGGGGGUUACUUUAACCAAGGUGGUUACCCCCAGCAACCAGGUAGUGCUGGGGGUUACUUUAACCAAGGAGGCUACCCUCAGCAUCCAGGCAGAGCUGGUGGUUACUCUAACCAAGGAGGGUACCCCCAGCAGCCAAGCUACCCAGCAGGGGGCUAUCCAGCUGGUGGAUACCCAGCACAGGGGUACCAAUAUGGAGGAGGUUAUGGUAGUUAUGGGGGUUAUGGAGGUUAUCCAGGUGGAUAUGUGAACUACAACCCAAACAACAAAAUCCUGAGCCCUCACUAUGGUGGCAGCUUUGGUUAUGGAGGCUAUGGAGCAAGGGGCGGCUCCCCCUUUUCCCAGUCGGUUCAGGAAAUGGGUGUGUAUCCCCAAGAUAAAUCCAGAGGGUUUGGGCGCAGUGCAGUAAUGGCAGCAGCUGGAGGGGCUGUGGCAGGAAUGGCCCUGGGCUACGGACUUGGAAGGUUCCCUCGUCCCCACUUCCACUUCCACAGCCCUCAGGAGGAGUACUACUACAACCACUACAUGUAUAGGAAAUAUGGUGUCAAGUCUUCUGAUGAAAAUGACUAUGGCAGAGACUACGUGUACAGCCAACCCCUCAAGAACUAUGACAAUUACAUGGAUGAGUGCAUGAAGAGAACAGACCUCCUGCCUGCAGAGAAUCGAAAUCCUCAAAACAAACCAGCUGCCACCACCACAGCUACAACCACCACAACUACUUCUACAGCUACCACAUCUACUCCUGCCCCGGAAAUGGGCAUUGGCACCAACACAACAAAGACUAACAGCACUUCACCAGAAAACUCCUCGACCUCUGCACCUUCAACUCCCCACUCUGUAAAUGAGUCAAAAGCCAACCCUGAGCCUCCAGCUUCACAGGCUGUCAGAACUGAUGCUACUGAUGAUGAUGAUACAGUCAGCAUUGUGGAGAUCGGCUACCCAGCACUGAUCAGACAGCUGAAGGUCAAGAGAUGUAUGGAGCUGUACAUGGUUUACUCUGAAAGGUACUUGAAGAAGAAGACAGAGCCCAGAACCAGCAAUGGUGUGGAGAGACUGGACAUGGGCUUACAAGGACUUUUAGCUGCGGUCAUCAGUACAAUACUGAUGCUAUUGAACAGCAAUAUGCUAAUGCUGCUGCACUGAGGCUUUCAUUCGCAGGGAAGGUGACAGAGAAACAAAAUCAGAGGUGUAUAAUAAAGAAUGUUUUAAAGAAAUCAAGUGAUAAAGCAACGUGGCUCAAGGGAUGAAAGUGUCAGUCAGUUGGUCCACCACUUUGGUUAAGACUAAAAUGAUCUUGACAGCUACUGGAUGGAUUGCCAUAAAAUGUACAGACAUUUGUGAAACACAGAGGACAAAUCAGGUCACAACAAACUGUAAUAACUUUGGCGGGGCCCUGACUUUUUUCAUCUAAUACCAUCAUUAGGUCAGUUUUUUUGGUCCAGUACUUUGCUUUAUGAUCAAAUGCCUGCAAAACUAAUGACACCCUUAUCAUCCUCAGCUAGACUUUGUGCUAAUUAGCAGUCUAACAUGCUAAGUUAAGAUAGUGAACAUGGUGAGCAUGUUAGUAUACUGAUUAACAUUUAGCUGCAGACACCACUGUGCCUAUGUACAACCUCACAUAACUGUGAGCACAGCUGUAAACCAAACCAACUGAUCAGUGUCAGUGUUUGAGGGGAUUAGUUUGGCUCCUAGAGAUGGACGCAACCCUGUUAUUGGGGUUAUCUGUGUAAAAGACAGCUUUGCUGUAAUGGAGGUAUGAUUUAAGUAUAAUAUAGCAGGAUUACUUGUAUGAAUUCAAGGAGUGCUGAUGUUAAAGGACUGAUUCAAGGGCGACUCAAAGAGGAAUAGAGUGGAUAUUAUAUUAAGUAAAAAUAAUAUACGGAAUAUUUUAAUACUAAUGAAGAGGUUUUACGUUGUGAGCAUACUGAGAGAGUAUUUGUGACUGAUUAUAUUUUCACCAUGUUCUGAACAUAACUGAACAUUUAGGUUGGUUAUGAUCUCUAUGCACACUGUUGUGAACAGUCCUCAAUUUACUUACACUAGAAUCAAUGCAAAG